GCCACUGCGUGCCGCGUUAUUUACAAAUAGUUUAGAAAGUGUGAAAUUCAUUUUCGUUUUCUUUUUUGUUAAAAGGAAAGCUUAAGAAUUCAGGUAUUUUAUUUGCUACCAUGGAUGAUGAAUUCCCUGAUCCUGAUGAAGAAUAUGAUCUGUUACACGAAGACGAUUACGAUGUAUUGAGGGAAUUGGAUGGGGAUCGCAAAGAAACUAGUUCAGUUAGCAAUACUCUAAAACCUAUUGACAGUUCCUUAAAAACUGUCCAGAAUCAACUAUCGGUACCUUUAGAACUAGAGAAUUCACAGAAAUCUACAGUCUACGUACCAUCUAGUCAAAAUGAAAUUAGCUACAAUGGAGCUGGAGGAAAAAAGAGAAGCUUCAAUGAAUUAUGUUCGGAAACAGCUCAUCUACUCGGACAGGAUGUUAGCGUUUUUGAGAAUGAUGCAGGACAUCAAGAGAAAAGACCCAGAUGGGAUUCCGAGGAUUCAGUUAUCAAAGUAAUUCUUGCUGCUAAGCAGAUGCUUCAUGAAGCAUCACAUAAGCCUUAUCGUACAUCUUUAAAUGAUAAAAAGACUAAUUCCAUUUCAUUGAGAGUACCAUCAUGGAAUUUUGUAGCUGUUACUCGAAGGUUCGAUUCUCAACGAUUGUACAUAAAAGUUAGGGAUGAAAAUAAUGACAUUAAAAUCAGUGCUCGUCCAAUAGUGGGCCUCACUUUGAUCCCUUACAGCCGAUUAAAGGCUGAAGCAGAGGAAAUUUUGACAAAGAUAAACAGCCGUUUGGAAAUUCCACAAAUUGUGCCCAAUAAUCACAUAUAUGCUGACGAUCAACUCUGGGUUGAAAAAUAUAAGCCACAUAAAUACAUGGAGCUUCUUUCGGAUGAGAGCGUCAAUCGCGACUUUCUGCAUUGGCUGAAGUUAUGGGAUAAAAUAGUAUUUAAUCGGGAUCCAGUGGAGCCUCAUAAAGUUAAACAAGAGCCACCCACCUUUGGUAGUAAGAAAUUUGAUCGUAAUAAGUCAAUCGAAGGCUUGGACAGUGAUGGUUUCCCUAUACACCGAAUUGCCUUGAUAAGUGGCCCGCCAGGAUUAGGAAAAACUACUCUAGCUCACAUAGCUGCGAAGCAUGCAGGAUAUAAUGUUGUUGAAAUGAAUGCUAGUGACGACAGAGGACCCGAGGCUUUUAGAACUGCCCUUCUUGCAUCCACACAAAUGAAAGCAGUCAUGGGUGCCGAUCCAAGACCAAAUUGCCUAGUUCUAGAUGAGAUCGAUGGAGCUCCUGCAGCAUCGAUAGAUAUUCUAAUAAAAUUUGUCCAAGGAAAACUAUCUGCAAGAGGUAAAAGAAGGACCGGCAGUGAACGAAACGUCAAAGGUUGUCGAAGACCUAUCGUUUGCAUAUGUAACGAGCUUUACACUCCCUCCUUAAGAGCUCUGAGACAAUUUGCAUAUGUAAUAGCAGUCCCUGAGAUCAGUGUCGAACAGUUAGCAGAACGUUUAAUGGAAAUAGUGCAAAAGGAGGGAAUCGAAGCUAGCGAAGGUGCUCUGCUACAGCUAGCGGAGAAGUCUGGCUGUGACAUUAGAGCUUGUCUCGGAGUACUCCAAUUCUCAGGGUCUGGUAAAUUCACCGAAAGCUCUAUGACAGCUAUUAAAGAUGUUAAGAAAGGUUUGUUUGAUGCCAUGAAAGAAAUCCUCAAGAUUCCAUACCACUCGACUGGUCCACUUCCCAUUCGUGAAAGAGUCAACAACGUGUUAAAAACAGUAGCCAGUAGCGAGUCAGAUCGAUUGGCUCAAGGUAUUUUCCACAACUAUCUGGCUGUAUCUGCAGACAAGCUAUUCAUCGUAUCAGGGUCUCUGAACUGGUUCCGGUUCAUCGAUGAGAUCUCAUCGAUGGUGAUGAGUCGACAAACCUGGUCACUCAUGCCCUACCUCAACUACGCAUUUGUCUAUUGGCACCUGAACCUCGCGGUUGCCAAGACUCCAAAAUUAUCAUUUCCUUUCGUUGUCAUAGAGGUGAACCAGAAGCUGGCCAAAAAUAAGGGUACCCUGGAAUCGUCCCAACGAGCCUCUGGAUUCGACAUUUUGACCCUCACUCUAGACAUCGCUCCCUUCUUGCCGGUCCUCCUCGCCCCGAAGUUGAGGUCCGUCGCCGGUCAGCUCUUCUCCAACGUGGAAAAGGACGACCUGGCUCGUCUCGUCAACUCGAUGCUGGACCUGGGGCUCAGCUUGGUCCAGGAGAGGGCCGUCGAUGGGAAAUACGAGUACCGGCUCGAGCCAAAUCUUAUAGAGAUCGGCUCUUUCCCUGAGUGCAAAGUGCGCAGAACCCUGCCGUACCCCGUGCAACAGAUCGUCGCCCAGGAAUUGGAAAUCCAGCGUCUCAGACGCAACGAAAUGGAAAAUGCGGUUUUCGAAAAGAAGUACCGAGCGAAUAUCAAAACUAAGCAGGAGAGCGAGAAGCUCCAGGAACCUCGAAAAUCAGAGCCGAAGCCUACAGAAAUUCAGACCUCUCCGGAUGUCCCGAAUCACCUGAAGAAGCUGAAGCCCAUCGUGCCCGAUGAAACUUCCCCUGGGAAGGAACGGGAUUUUUUCGGGCAGAUCGUCCAGAGGGAGGAUACGCUGCAGAAUUCGGAACAGAAAUUUGCGGAACCGCUCUUGGAAGGUGGAUUUUGGUUCAACUACACCGAGGGCUUCAGCAACGCCGUCAGGCACGACGUUUUCAUGGAAGACUUGCUCUGAAAGGGGUUCUAUGGCACUUCCAUAAAAUCCAAACAUCCUCGACAUGAUUUGUACAAUACCCCACUAACGUGCAUAACAAAAGGCUGUCGAAGCCCCGAUUAUUUUAUCUUGAAUAUUGACAUGUCCCGGAAUAUUAUAAAUAUUUUCCGUGUACAUAACGCAGGCGCUAUGAAUGUUCAAUUGUCG